AAAAAAUCCGUCCAUUUCUUACGGCCGUUUUACUAAAUUUACGACCGUCCGAAACGCCUUAGUCCACGUGCCUCCAACCGAGCGUCAGUUUCGCGAGGGAUUCUCAUGUAGAUUCAUCUGAAGUUAUUUCCCCCCUCAUAUUUCUGUGGAUUACACAAAAGGCGGCACGGGCACUCAUUGUAGUAUUCUUCUAUUCGCACCAGAGAGUUUGAGAGCGUGGAGAUGAAUAAGCUGCGUCAGAGCCUGCGCAGGAAGAAGCCCACCUACGUGCCAGAGGCCAGUCGACCACACCAGUGGCAGGCGGAUGAAGAGGCUGUGCGAAAGGGCAAAUGCAACUUUCCUGUCCGGUAUCUCGGGCUGGUGGAGGUGGAUGAAUCCAGAGGGAUGCAUGUGUGUGAAGAGGCAGUAAAAAAGCUGAAAGUGAGUGGGAAAAAGACAGUGAAGGCUGUGCUCUGGGUGUCUGCUGAUGGCCUGAGAGUAGUGGACGACAAAACCAAGGACCUGAUUGUGGAUCAGACGAUUGAAAAGGUGUCAUUCUGUGCCCCGGACCGUAACUACGACAAGGCUUUCUCUUACAUCUGCCGUGACGGAACAACCCGCCGCUGGAUGUGCCACUGCUUCAUGGCCCUGAAGGACUCGGGCGAGCGUCUCAGUCAUGCAGUGGGAUGUGCGUUCGCCGCCUGCCUGGAGCGGAAGCAGCGCAGAGAAAAGGAGUGUGGCGUCACAGCCUCUUUCGAUGCCAGCAGAACAUCAUUUGUGAGGGAAGGUUCAUUUCGCGUGUCCUCCGCCGCACAACAGAGUGACCGCGAGGACAUCAUGAAGCAGAUUCAAGACAAGAAGAAAGAAAUGUGUGGGAUUUCUGCAUUGCCGCCUGGAAAUGCAUCUCCUCCAGAAGGGGCGGGGUCACCGGGUGAGAGGGCGGAGCCAGGUGGCCCUCACGCCAUUCCACGCAGACACGCCCCCAUCGAGCAGCUGGUGCGACAGGGAUCCUUCAGAGGCUUUCCUCAACUCAGCCAGAAGAACUCGCCGUUCAAACGACAGCUUUCUCUGCGUCUCAAUGAUCUCCCGUCAACCCUGCAGCGCAAGACCGACUUCCAGACCAAGAACCCAGUUCCAGAGAUGGAUCUGACAGUGGCUGGAGAGGCGGACAGCAUUAACGCUCUGUGCAGCCAAAUCAAUAGCUCUUUCACCAAACCAUCUGAAGACCUGUGUGCCAAAACCACCAACAACUGCUUACCCAUCAGCUGCGCUCCACCUGCCAUCCCUCCUCCACCUGCCCCUCCUCAAGCUACAAAUUUAUGGGUCCAAAUAGAGCCCCCGGUCCAGUCUUCUCCACCCAUUCCUCAGGGUGGCCACAAACGAACCCCGUCCGAAGCAGAACGAUGGCUGGAGGAAGUUGCUAAAGCGGUGAAAUCCCAACAGCAGACUCCACCUACUUUACCACCACCACCCUCUCAGCAGCCUCCACCGGUGCCCACCAUGCCCAUCGCACCCGGUUCCCUCCCAACAUCCAUGCAGCCAUUUCCGAUGGCUUUUGACGUCACUCCUGCUCCCGUUAGUAUGUUCACCCAACAGCCGCUCCAACCGGCGUUUGUACCUAUGCAGCCGUACAUGCCCACUCUAGCCAACAGCAUGACCUAUCCCAAUGCAAGUGUACCCGUGGUGGGCAUCACACCCUCACAGAUGGUGGCGAAUGUAUUUUGCAGUGCAGCCGGUACAGGAGGUGGAGUGGCAAUUGGGGUCGGGAUGGGGCCUAAGACGGGUACGCUUGGCGGGAGCCAACAUUCAGCAUUUCCCACCCUUCCUGGAGGUCUUCCAACCACCACGUUCGCUUCUCCUCCAACAAUCAAUGGCCACCCACAAAACUCCUUUCCAUCAACAACCACCAGUGUUACGCAAAACGGUACUGCCGUUAAAGGAGGUUCUGGUUGGCCGAUGGAGAAUCCGAAUCCCACAGUCAACUCCCAGGAAGCCGAGCAUUUCGAUGUAAAGUGGGCCGCCCUGGAGUCCAAAUCACAAAACAAGGCGCAAAACCCGUUUUCCAAUGACUUGCAGAAGACUUUUGAGAUUGAACUAUAAUUGUAAGGAGACUCUGAAAAGAAGGGACUAUUUCAUACCCCAUUUCCCCCUUUUUUGUCCCUUCAUAGAUUUUCUUAUAUGCUCCUGGUCUGUUUGAGGGCAUUAGUUGAUGUAAGAGAUCACACAAGAGUGUCAUUUUUAGAUGUGGAGAAUGGGAACAAACGUCAUAACAUGUUCAGCACUUACAGGACAGCUUAAAAGAGAAACCUGCACAUGACUUUCACCAGUAAUGACACUUGCUUGGAAAGAAAUUAAUGAUUUUUUAAAAGUAAUAUCGAAAUUAAGAGACGUUCGGAAUCUAUUUAUUGUUUUUACUUGAUUUAUAGUGCUUAUUUCUUAAUUGGAUUUUGAAUUAUUCUUGGUUUUUCCGUAUUUAUUUGUCUUGAACAGGGUGACAAGAUUACAGGUGGAAUGAUUGGCUACUUGAAAAUGGACUCACCAAAAUGCUUGAUUUAAAAAUC